UAUUCUUUAACGAGAAGCAGAAGUGAUAGUGUCAAUAGUGUCGUUUUCGGGUCUCGUGGAAAUUUGUUGGGGAAAAUUUGCUUGAAAAAUAUGUGGUGGUAAAUGCACAAAUAAAUUUCGAUGUUAUAAAAAGAAAUAGUCGCUUCUAUAUCACAACACUUUCGCAACUGGUGCAAUUAAUGUUGCGUAAAGUAAAAUUGGAAAUAAAUCUGUGUAUGUGCGUGCGUACGUGUUUUGUAUUGGCGGAAUAAAAAAACACAUUAAAGAAAAGGCUAAAAAGUUAAUGCAAACGCAAAGUGGUAGCCUAGUGCAUAAAAAACGCCGACGUUGAAAACGAAGAAGAGUGGAAGAGAACAAGCAGAGAAAAGUUCAGUUUAUUCUGUGUGUUGGCCAAAAGUAAAAUUGCAACAGCGACGACGACGACGACGUUAGCAUAAGCAGCAGCGACGGCGGCGACAAGCCCAAAAAGACAGUGUCAAAAUUAUGUGUGCGGCACAAAUGAUUUUUAUUGAGGCCAACGCUAUGAAAUCGAAAUGCUAAAAUAUCAAUCAGUAGUUGUGAAUUAAAAGCAAAUAACAGAUACAAGUACAUACAUACACUUGAUGUGAAUCAUAAAUGAAAUUCAUUGAUUAGAGUGAAUUUUAUGCGAAGCAUUGUGUUUGAACGACCCAUUUUGCUACAUACAUAUGUAUAUGGCUUAUCGCGUAUGGAAUUCAGCGCAUAUUUCAUUGAGUUCUCGCAAAACCGCAAUUUGAACCGCUUAACGAGCGUCAAGUGAUUGGUGCAGUCAUUAAGAUUGUUUGUUUAAAAUCGUUUUCGAUUUUUGGCGACCGUAUUUAUUACUAGAUUUGUGGUAGUCAUUCCUUGUCUAAUAUACCUUACGAGUAUAAUUUGCAAAAUCUGUUAGAAAGUCAGAGCGCUAAUGAGUGUGCAAAAAAUUAAACUCUCAACAAUUAUAACCAGCGCUUUACACAUUUUGAAUUGUCGUAAGCCGCUAAAGUGCUAAACACAAUAAAAAAGGUUUUAAUUAAAUAAAUAAUUUUUUAAGCUUAAAGGUGUACAUUCAUAUUGUGAAAAGUAGUAAAUUAUAAAUAUUUGAAAUCUAAAUUCAGUGAAGUAAUCAAUUUACGACAGUUUGAGCGCAAACUGCUUAAAUACCCCCCAUUAAUAUCAAGUGCAUUUAAUGAAUUCAUUAAAAUAUAAUUAAAAUUGUCAAUUGGAUUUAUUGCUUUUAGUGUUUUUAAAGAGCGGUAAAUUUCAAAAAACCGAACAUAUUUCAAAAAGCUUGUGAACCACAUAUUAUCACAGUUGCUGCAUGGUUUUUCUGAUAAGAUCUUAACGAGUUCGCCGGGCUAUUUUCGUUGCUCUAACAGUGAAGAGAGUCAUUGUUAAAAAAGUUCAUCUGUGCAUAAAUCCUCGAUAAUCUCUUAAGUCCUUAAGUAGUAACAAGUUUUCUACAACAAACGAGCUGCACACUCGUAUUUUUUGCAAGCCAACCAUUCGGCCGUUGCUAAGAUUCGUCGUUAAGCUGCUAAGUGCCAUUUACAGAGAAAAAAACAACAACACAAAUACAACCAUUGUGGCUACAAUAACGGUAAACAAGUGCAAAAGUUUGCAUCUCGUAGUUCGGAACAGUGCGUAUUGUUGUUUUUGUAUACAUGCUAGCUACUAUCAAGCCUAAUUGAGGAUCCCUAAACUAAAAGUGUCUGAAGAGCAUCGACCGACUACAAAUUUGCUGAUCAUUAUCUUCACCUUCAAGAAUUGCCAACCAUAUCUAACCGUUAAAGUGAUCCAAGGUGAUUCAAGGCAAAUGAAGUUUCAAUAAACAACUUUCGCACAAAAACGGCAACAAAACGCACGAGACAUUCUUAGAAAUAUUAAGGAUUGAGCAAAAGAGAAGCGCACAAAAUCUCAAUAGAAACCCUGCAACAGCACAAACAAUAUCGCCCAGCCUACUUCUGUGCUGGCAUGUUGCUGUGGUUGGCAUCGCUAGCAAACUAAAUGACGCCAAUCGUUACAGCAACAACAACAAUAAUAAUAAAGCAAACAUAUCGAGCCAUUGAAACGGCACUUUCCGCUGGACACGGACACACACAAAUGCGGCCAGAGGCAGCGCGAGGCGACCUAGCACCAAUUACAAUAAAUAAAAUAGCAAAAGCGACAACAACAACAGAGAAAUUACAGCGUUUUUCGCAUUAGUUGCGUAGCGUGAAAGCAAGGCGGGAAGUGAGUGUUUACGCCGCGUGGUCAGUGAGCGACAGGAAGUCCGCCUGUGUGUGUGUGUGAGGCUUAGUGUGGAACACGCCCAAGACCCCUAGCAACAGAGAUUUUUGGUCGUGUACGCCAAAACGCGCUAAGCACGUUCGGCAAACGAACGGUACAUACGCACAACAACCGGAAACGGAAACACAAGUGCUACAAACGACAGCCGGCAAAAACGUUUGGCAAUUUGCUCCGCCGGACAGGCAGACAAUCUAUGAGCACCGUUAGUUGGCUUUCUGACAGCGCUGUGCACAUAUUUACCAUUCCGCUGCACUAACUGUGUGUGUGUGCGCUUAUAUACUUCGUCGAUAUGUAUGUGUAUGUUUGCGGCGUCUAUGUGUAAAGGUGUUAUGUAAUCACGCGCCAUUACUGGAGGCGUCAAACUACCAAUAAUUGGUGCGCAGCGUCGCAAAAAACAUUUUAUUCAAAACAUAAAGGUCACGGCGUUGCCAAGCGGUAAACGUAAUAAUUUGCUGCGAGCAAAUAAUAUUGCCACACUUUUAUUGCUUAGUCAAGAAACACACACACAGACACGCGCACAUUCAAGCACGUGUUCACAGCAUUAAAAGACACAGCUGCCAUAGUUUGCGGCCGAGCAAGUGCCGGACAAUUAACUUCAACGCCCAGUCAGUGCUUGAGGCGGCGCGACACGUGCAAGCCGCCGCUCAAUAUCCGACAGUGUAGAGAUCUUUUUUCCAGCCGGCCAAAGGAUACAAUAAAAAACCGCCAACCUGGAACUAAUGGAAUUAGAGAAUAUUGUGGCCAAUACGGUCUACUUGAAAGCCAGAGAAGGUGGUUCGGACAGCAACAAAGGCAAGAGCAAGAAAUGGCGCAAAAUACUACAAUUCCCACACAUAUCGCAGUGUAUACACCUCAAAGACAAAUUAGAUAUAAGUUAUGGUUACGUGAUAGACCAACAACCCAUCGGCCGUAUUUUGUUUCGGCAAUUUUGUGAAAGCAAACGGCCGAUAUAUUUUCGGUAUAUUUCGUUCCUGGAUGAAGUGCAGCGAAUUUCGUUUUUGCUCUCCUCCAAUGCGAAAUUUAGAUACGACGUGGAGUACGAUGAGAAUCGUAUCGCCAUUGCGGUCGACAUUGGACGACGUUUUCUGGCUAUUGACACGCCAACCGCGCUAAAUAACGGCAUUUGCGAUAUCGGCGAUGUCAUACGAUCGGCGAAUGAGAAUACAGUUGAUGACGACGAUGCCAACAACACAAGUUCCGCCAUUGAGAAUAACACUGCUGCAGAGACUGAAAAUCACAAUAAUACCACCGCCAUUAAUAGCAGCAGCAAUAAUCACAAAAACUACGAGCAUCACAAUGGCGAUGAGCACAACAGUGGCAGCAAGCAACAACAGAAACAUGUAUUGAGCGAUGGCAGUGCGACACAUGAUGCCGGCGGCUCUGGUGGCGGUGACAGUGGUGUGGAUGCGGGCGAUACAGUUGGUGGCGGCAGCGGCGAAGGUAGUGGCGGUGGGGGAGGUGGUGACGACACCGGCGGCGGUGACCUAAACAAGGAUAGCAGUAAUUGCCAUUAUAGUCCGGGUGUGGGCAAAUUGAAUCCCGCUACCGGCGAUGAACUGGUGCUGGACGUGCUCAAUGAUGAUCUUAUUGCGCGAGUGCGUGACAAGAUCACGAGCGGGAAUAAAGAACUCUUCGAACCGUGCGUAACGGCUGUGAAGGCUUUCCUGGCCGGUGAACCAUUUCAAGAGUUUGAGACUUCAAUGUAUUUCCAUCGUUAUUUGCAAUGGAAAUGGCUCGAGGCGCAACCCAUCACCUACAAAACGUUUCGCAUGUAUCGCGUAUUGGGCAAAGGUGGCUUCGGCGAGGUCUGUGCAUGUCAGGUACGUGCAACUGGAAAAAUGUACGCCUGCAAAAAGCUCGAGAAGAAACGCAUAAAAAAGCGCAAGGGUGAAUCGAUGGUGCUCAUAGAGAAACAGAUUUUGCAGAAAAUCAAUUCCCGAUUCGUUGUUAAUUUGGCGUACGCGUACGAGACGAAGGAUGCCCUCUGCCUAGUGCUAACGAUCAUGAAUGGCGGUGACUUGAAAUUCCAUAUCUAUAAUAUGGGUGGCGAUCCGGGCUUCGAAAUGGUGCGAGCACGUUUCUACGCUGCCGAAGUCGUCUGCGGACUGGAACAUCUACACCAACAGGGUAUUGUAUAUCGAGAUUGUAAACCGGAGAAUAUAUUGCUGGACGAUCACGGGCAUGUGCGAAUAUCAGAUUUAGGAUUAGCCGUCGAAAUACCGGAGGGUGAUUUGGUGCGCGGGCGUGUUGGUACAGUGGGUUACAUGGCUCCAGAAGUGAUCGACAAUGAAAAAUACUCAUUCUCACCGGAUUGGUUCAGUUUCGGUUGUUUGUUAUACGAGAUGAUCGAAGGUCAGGCGCCAUUCCGCAUGCGCAAAGAGAAGGUGAAACGCGAAGAGGUCGAUCGGCGUGUGAAGGAGGACAAUGAAAAGUAUUCUAGCAAAUUUAGUGAUGAGGCCAAAUCAUUAUGUCAGCAGCUGCUCGCUAAAUCCAUAAAAGUACGACUUGGCUGUCGAAAUGGUCGCUACGGUGCGCGUGAAGUAAAAUUACAUCCAUUCUUCAACUGUAUUAACUGGAAACGGCUGGAGGCAGGCAUGGUGAAGCCGCCCUUUGUACCAGAUCCGCACGCCGUGUACGCCAAGGACGUGCUCGACAUUGAACAAUUCUCGACGGUGAAGGGUGUCAAUAUCGACGACUCCGAUACGAAUUUCUAUAGCAAAUUCAAUACCGGCUCCGUGUCGAUUUCAUGGCAAAAUGAAAUGAUGGAAACCGAGUGCUUCCGCGAACUGAAUGUAUUCGGCGUCGACGACAGUCCAACGCCCGAUUUGCUGAUCAACGCUGUGCCGGAGCCGGAAAAAGCUGGCUGUUUUCCGUUCAGAAGAAAGAAGAAGCAACCGCUGCGCACACAGCCGAUACCCAUUCCCGAACACUUACUAACCACUAGUCACAGCGUUUCCUCGACGACCGUCGAAAGCUGAUAGCAUAAGUAAAUAAGUAGCAAUAAUGAUAAUUAUACGCAGGCGCAUUGAAUUACAAAAAAAAAGAAAACAGAAAACAAAAAAAAACAUCAAUAAUUGGUGCAAAGCCAGCAACAAACACACAAACAUACAUGCUGGUGUUUUCGAUGUUAAACUAUAAAACUACAUUUAAAUUAAUUAAUGUAGCGCAUACAUACAUACAUAUAUAAGUAAUCAUACACAUACACAUACGCACACACACCCACACGCACAUACAAACACAGUGGCGUGUGCAACAAACGACACAAAAACAUUGUUUUAGAUUACGGUGUUAAUUAAGCGAGAAUUUUCUAAGCAGAGACGAUACACGAUACAAACAAACUAUGCACAAUACAACAACAACUAACACACAAAAACACCUUUUUUUGCAUUACAUAAGCAUUAGAGAUUUAACAAAUUUUUUGCAAAUGCAUUACGCAACUAUCUAAUUGUAGUUAUAUAAUAUGUAUUCGGUUUGUAAUCUUUUUGUAUUGUGCAAAAAUAGCAACAAAAACAAAAAAAAAACAAAAACGACAAAAAUAUGCGAAAAAGUUUAUAAAUAACUGUAGUUAUAAUAUUUAAUAAUAUAUAUACAUAUGUAUGUAUUUACCGUUAGGAGCUAUGGCGUAGCGGUACAUUUGUAAUGACUACUCGUACAUAUUACUUUAAAACUGAAUGUGGAACUAGUAAACAACAACAACAAAAAAUACACCCAAAAGACUAUGCCAACAAGUGAAAACAAAAUAUACAUACAUAUACGCGCACAUACAUAUGUAAGGCGCAAAGUAAUGCAAAAAAUAUUGAAAAUACACAAAUUAAUGUAAUUAUGAAUUGUUUAGAAACUCAGCUCACAAUGUAACUACCAAACUACAAUACUAACGAUUUUGGUAAAUGUUUUCUUUUUUACAACUUUGACUACAUACAUACAUAUGUGCAUACAUAUAUGCAUGUACAUAUACAGCAGCCGUUGCAUACUUAAAUAUCACAUGUAAUAUACAUAUACUGCAUCCACACAUACAUACA